AUGGGAAACGAGAACAAUGAAAGUCUUGAUCUCUUAUCCGUCUUUCUAACUGGAAUCCCAGGAUUGGAGGCUCAUCAUGGCUUGCUUUCCAGCCCCUUCUUCACCAUGUACAUUGUGGCCAUUGUGGGCAACAGCCUGAUCAUGGUAGCAGUGCAGGCGGACCCUGCCCUACAUGAGCCAAUGUACCUGUUUCUUUCCAUGUUGGCUGUGACUGAGGUGGGUGUCUCUGUGUCUACACUGCCCACUGUCUUGGGCAUUCUUUGGUUUGAUGUCCGCCAGGUUGACUUUGAUGGCUGCCUGGCCCAGAUGUUCUUCAUUCAUACUUUCUCCUGCAUGGAGUCUGGGGUUCUGUUGGCAAUGAGUUACGACCGCUUUGUAGCCAUCUACAAUCCACUGCACUAUACAGUCAUCCUGACAAUACCACGUAUCAUCUACAUGUGUCUGGGCAUUACACUGAAGAGUGUGAUACUCAUGGCCCCACUUCCAAUUCUUUUGAGGCAACUGCCCUAUUGCCACACCAAUGUCCUCUCCCACUCUUAUUGCCUCCACUCAGAUCUUAUCCAACUUCCUUGUGCUGAUACUAAGCUCAAUAGUAUCCUGGGCUUGGCCAUUGUCCUGGCCACUUUUGGGCUGGACUCAUUGCUCAUUGUGGUCUCUUAUAUACUAAUUCUUUACACAGUGCUGGGCAUUGCUUCUAGGGAGGGACGGUGGAAGGCCCUCAACACGUGUGUGUCACAUAUUUGUGCAGUGCUUGUGUACUAUGUGCCUAUGAUUGGUGUGUCUGUAAUGCAUCGGGUUGCCAAGCAUGUCUCACCCCUGGUCCACACACUCAUGUCCAGUAUCUACCUCUUCGUGCCUCCUGUGCUCAACCCCAUCAUCUACAGUGUCAAGACCAAGCCAAUCAGACAGGGAAUUGCUACCUUGUUUUCCUGCAAAAGGGAAUUGCUUUGA